AUGGAUAGAAGUAGAGAGGCUAGAGAGCAGGGGGGAGUUGCUGGUGGAGGAGUGGGGACUCACCAACCAGCCAACCCUACGCUACCUACUUCUUCUACACCAUCUCCUACUAUCGUGGAUCCUAUGAAAGCUUUCUCUAUUGAGAAAUUCAUGGGGGAGGACUACGAGCACUGGAGUUUCCGUAUGAGGCUGAUGUAUACCCAAUACAAGCUAUUGGAUUUGGUGGAGGGGAAGGAGAAGAUGCCGGAGGCCGCGGAGCUGAAAGGAGCAUGGAUGAAGCGAUCGUUCGACGCGUACAUGCUCAUGGUGCAAGCGGUUGGCGGGCGACAACUUGACCACAUCAAGGACCUCUUGGCGAUCAACCUCAACUCCCAACAACCCCAACGGAGCGUGGAUUACAUUCGCGCGCGCAUCCUAGAGGAGGACUUGCGGCGGCGGAGUGUGGAGCGCUCGGAGGAGGGGGCUGGCUAUGGAGUUGGAGGUGGAAAAAGUGGCUUCAAGAAGAAGUGGAAGGGCAAGAACAAGGAUAACCCUAAGGAGGAUGGCGGCGGGGGUCAAGGGGAGGUGUGCUUCUACUGCAAGAAGCGCGGACAUCGUUGGUGGAAGUGCUACCAACGACCCAAGGAUUGGACCCCGCCUUCAUCAAGCAACCAGCGUGGUGGCACGAGGAGUGGGGGAGUCAUGGGAGCCAGUGGAGAGGAGAAGGAUGAGGAGGAAGGCGGCAAAUCUGAGGAGCGGAAGGCCGGGUUCUUCUUCUUCGUGAACGAAGGCGCAACCGACCACGCUAUGGCUGCCAAGUUUGUGGAGGACGUCAUGUACAAGGACUGGCAGCAGCAGCAGCAGCAGCAGCAGCAGGUGCAGAUUGGCUUGCGUCUGCAGGAAAUUGAGCGGUCUACAGGGGAGGAGGUUCAGCUGCACCUUGAUGAACUCCACGGGUCAGAGCUGACCAGUGACCAUAGUCGCGGUGGUGAGCAGCAAGUUUCUGGUCCUGCUGGAGAGGAGGGGUUGGAGGAUGAGUCUGCACGUGUGGAGUCACCAACUCAGCCCGAGCCUGCUGCAAACGCCAAGGUCACCAAGAGGAGUGUGCAGAGAGGAGCUUCACCACAUGGGCAGCAGACUGCAACCCGCGAGAAGAGAGUGGCAACAACACCCUCAAGGCUGAAUCCGUUUGUCUGA